UGGGAAGGGAGUGUGACUGUGGGAUAGCAGGUAUAGUAGGGAGAGAUGGUGCCUAUAGUAAGACUUUUAAUGACAGGAGCUAGAUGUUACACAGGGAGAGAAUGAUUAAAUAAACCUAUUAAAUGCAUCAUGUACAGUAUGUAUCUGGUAUAUAAGGCCUAGAGUAAACCAGAGUUAUUCAUAUAUCAAGAGGUUUAUUACCAUUCCUAUAAUGAUUGCAGGCUGAUGACUUUAUUAUUGAAGCGGUGAGUCUGAAGCAGGUGAGAAGAGUGCGGAUCGGACACGAUGGGAAAGGAGGAGGCUGUGGGUGGUAUAUGGACAAAGUUAUAGUGAGAGAAGAUGGGAAACCAGAGACGGAGUCUCUUGAAUUUCCGUGCGACAGGUGGUUUGACAGAAAUGAAGAUGACGGUCACAUCAUUAGGGAGCUGGUUCCUGCUGGAGGCUCACAGAAUCUGAGCAGUAUCAGCUAUCACUUUCAGAUUAAAACAGGUGAUGUCAGCGGGGCCAGCUCGGAUUCCCGGGUCCUUGUCAAACUGUACGGAGAGAAGGGGGACACCAUCAAACAGUUUCUUCUGGUUUCUGAUAACGACGUGGCGGAUAACUUUGAGAGGAGCCGAGUGGAUCAUUUUACCAUAAAUACCAUCGAUAUUGGCAAUAUCAAUAAGCUGCUGAUUGGCCAUGACAAUGUAGGGCUUCGAGCAGGUUGGUUCCUGGCCAAUGUUGUGGUUCAAGUCCCUGCCCAUGGGAAGCAGUACAUGUUUCCUAUUAACCGUUGGCUGUGCAAGGACGCUUGUGAUGGGAAGGUGGAGGUGGAAGUCUACUCUAGUGAGGUGAAAACUAUAGAGAAAUUGGUAAAUUAUGAAGUAACAGUAAUCACUGGCAAUGUGCGGGGCUCUGGAACCAACGCCAGUGUCUUCAUGCAGCUCUAUGGAGAUAAAGGGAAGACAGAGGAGACAUUUUUGAAGAGCCGCUCUAAUGACUUUGAAAGAGGAGCUGUUGAUAUAUUUAAGAUUGAGGCCGUGGAAGUGGGGAAGAUCCGCAAGCUCAGGAUUGGCCACGAUGGCAAGGGCCUUGGCGACGGCUGGUAUCUGGAGAGUGUCGAGAUCAAGCGAAUUGGAAUAAAGAUGAUGCCCGUGGAGAAGCCGGACAAAAAGAAGAAAUCCAACAAGAAGAAAAAAUCCAGUAAAGAGGAAGAAGUGGAGCUUCAGCCUCAAGAAGUGGUCGAGUCCUACAAGUUUGAAUGCCAACGCUGGUUGGCCAGGGGGGAAGAAGAUGGAGAGCUGGUGGUGGAGCUUCUGCCUCUGGAGGAUUCAGAACUGCAAGAGAACAGCUAUGAGGUCCAUGUAUUUACGGGCACAGUUUGGGCAGCUGGAACAGAUGCAAACGUUUAUGCCGCCAUAUACGGAGAAUUAGGAGACACUGGAGAACGUCAGCUAAAGAAAUCCAACCAUCUGAACAAAUUCGAGAAAGGACAGGAGGAUAUCUUCACCAUAAAAGCUGUUGAUUUAGGAGAGCUUAAGAAACUGAAAAUCCGCCACGACAACAAGGGUGCCAGCGCCGGCUGGUUCCUCGAUAAAGUGGAGAUUGUGGAUGAGAAGGACGACACGAAAUAUUUCUUCCCAUGCCAAAGGUGGCUCGCUGUCGAUGAAGACGAUGGACAGAUCGCCAGGCAGCUGGUACCUGUGAAUGAGGCUUUUAUGAAGAAAGAUGAAGAUGAAGGGCAAGACCAAUCGCUUGCCACACUUGGGUUGGAACAGAAAGCCAAAUCAACAACUUACACAGUAAAAAUAAAGACCGGAGAGAAGAAGAAUUCUGGGACAGAUGCCAACGUGUUCUUAAUCCUGUUUGGAGAGAAAGAUGAUACAGGGUUCAUGAACCUCAAGGCUUCCAAGACCAACAAGAAUAAGUUUGAGCGAGGCCAAAUCGAUGUGUUUACAGUGGAGGCCGUGGAUAUUGGGCCUCUGACCAAACUAAAAAUUGGGCACGAUAACGAAGGCACCUCCGCUGGUUGGUUCUUGGACUGGGUAGAGAUUGAUGCCCCAUCACUUGGUCAGCGGAUGAAGUUCCCCUGUGGUCGCUGGUUGGAUAAAAGUGAGGAUGACGGCACCAUUGAAAGAUAUCUGUUUCCUUCCGAACUGCAAAUGGAGCAGUAUGUUCCAUUUGUUCCGUACGAGAUCACGGUCUACACCAGUGAUAUAUUUGGGGCUGGGACGGACGCGGAUGUCUUCGUUGUUCUCUACGGCAGAGACGGGGUCUGUACUCAGCAGAAAUCCUUGUGUGUGAACAAGAGAGAGCGGAGAUUGUACUUUGAGAGGAAGUCAGUGGAUCAGUUCAUCGUAGAGUUGGAAGAUGUUGGGGAUAUCAUUGAGAAGAUUCGCAUUGGGCACACUGGUAAAGGUAUCAACUCAGGAUGGCAUUUAGACAGAGUGGAAAUUCGAAGACUGCUACCAAAUGGAAAGGGUUCCCAAACCGUAACCUUUCCAUGUGAGCGGUGGCUUGCCAAAUCCGAGGACGAUGGAGAGACAAUGAGAGAACUAGUGCCAUCGGAUAUCUUUACAGAGAAACUCAUGGAUGACGGGACCUUGAAACAGAUUGAGAUGGAAGUAGAAGACCCUCUGGAAACCCACACUUACAGCAUAUCUGUGUUCACUGGCGACAACUACGGAGCGGGAACGGACGCCAAUGUUUUCAUCAUCGUUUAUGGAGAUUUGGGCGACACGGGAGAGAGGAAACUCAGCAAGUCAGAGACCAACUCCAACAAGUUCGAGAGGGGGCAGGUGGAUAAAUUCGAAAUAGAAGCGGUGGAUCUUGGCACCAUCUUUAAGAUUAAGAUCCGGCAUGAUAACUCUAUGUUGAGCCCUGACUGGUACUUGGAGAGGGUAGAGAUCCUUAAUGAAGUGACGGAAGAGACGUAUCUGUUUUUGUGUGAGCGAUGGCUAUCCACCAAGAAAGAAGACAAGAAGAUAGAACGAGUGUUAUAUGAGAAGGAGUACGACGGGGAGCGAUUAAGCAUGGGCAGCUCAUCGAAAAGCUUCUGGGGAUCAUCCCUCAGUCUGAGAAGUCAGGAUAACAAUGCCAACGUAAAGGGGAAGAACAGCCUAGAUGGUUCUCACCAAGAUGGAAUAUUGAUCCCGUAUCAUAUCACUAUCACCACUGGCCAUGACGAAGUUGGAGGAACAGAAAGUCAUGCUUAUGUCAUCAUCAUGGGGCCCCAGAUGAAAAGGACAGAGCGACUUUGGCUGGACCUGCCCAAAGAGAAGAAAGGCUUUGCACCAGGCUCAGUGGAGAAGUUCUCUGUUGUGGGACUGGAUGUUGGAGAGAUUAAAAAGAUGGAGUUGGGCCACGAUGGGGUUACCCCAGAAAGCUGCUGGCUAGUGGAUGAGAUCCAACUAACAGUGCCUAACAAAGGAAUCAUGUAUACCUUUAUCUGUAAAUGCUGGUUUGCCAAAGAUAGAGGAGACGGACUCGCUGCACGGGUCUUCAAUAUGCUGGAUGCAACUGCCAUCACUAUUGGCCGAAAGAUUCUCUAUGAGGUUACUGUUGUCACUGGAGAUGUACCAAACGGGGGUACUGAUGCCAAUAUUUAUAUUACCUGCUUUGGAGCAAGUGGGAGCUCAGAGGAAAUGCAGCUGCCAAAAGGGGAUGACAGGUUUGAGAGAGGCCAGCGUGACACUUUUGUCACGGAGAUCGCUGACAUCGCCCCACUGAAGAAGAUGAGAAUGCGCAUAGAUGGGAAGGGCAGCCGUCCAGAGUGGUAUUUCGAACAGAUCACCUUGAAGAACCUGACCACCAAAGAGGAGACAGUGUUCAUGUAUGGGGACUGGUUGUCCAAGACCAAGGGCGAGAGGAAGACGUUGUCCUGUGAAAUGGCGGCCACAGUCGAUGGUGAAGAAAUGGUGGACACUACGACGUACAUUAUACAAGUCAAAACGAGCGACGUGUCGGGAGCCGGUACCGAUGCCAAUGUGUUCCUGAUCAUCUUCGGAGAGAACGGAGACUCUGGCCCUCUGGCACUGAAACAGUCCAACAAUUCCAACAAGUUUGAAAAGGGAAAGAGUGAUCUUUUCAGAUUCACAGAUAUGUUGAGCCUUGGAGAUCUAUGCAAAGUACGGGUCUGGCACGAUAACUCAGGUAUUGGCCCCGGCUGGCACCUGGAAUUUAUAGAAAUAAAGGACGAGACCAUGAACAGCAGUUUCCGCUUCCAGUGUGACCGAUGGCUCUCCAAGAAAGCAGAUGAUCAUCAGAUCAUAAGGGAACUCGCCUGUGCCAACAACGCAAUCCUGGACAUGAAAGAACGAACGUCUUAUGAGAUUGUGACAGUGACGAGCAACAGGGAUGAUGCCGAGACCAAGGACAAUAUCUGGAUCAUCUUGGAGGGCAAAAAAGGGAGGUCAAAAGAAUUUACACUGGAGAACUCUUCCAAAAAGCGGAGGUUUGCACGGGAUGCAACAGAUACAUUUAAGUUUUCUUCCAAGAAUGUUGGUGACGUUGCUGCCAUCUGCGUUGGCCAUUGCCCCAAGGAUGGAAGGAAGUUUUCUCCAAAGCCAGAUUUAUACUGGCACGUCAAGGAGAUCACUGUGACCGAGAUGGAGCUUGGAAACAAGUAUAUCUUUAACUGCAAUGCCAAGGUGCCACUCUGCAGCAAGAGGGACGAUUACAAAGUGUUUGAGUGUGCCAAGGCCAUCGAGAGCUUUGCCAGCCGGGCCCGCAGUUUGGUACCAGUCCAAUACGAAGUCAACGUGGUCACCAGCUUUGUAAAGGGGGCGGGAACAGAUGCCAAUGUGUUCCUCACGUUGUACGGCUCCAAUGGAGAUUCAGGGCGGCAUGCGCUAAAGCAGAAGAUGCGGAACCUCUUUGAGCGCAGCAAAACCAACCGCUUCUACAUAGAGACCCUGGACCUUGGGGAAAUGAAGAAAGUCCGCAUUGAGCACGAUAACAGCGGUAUCAGCCCCGGGUGGCUGCUGGAGAGGGUGGAGACCACCAACACUGUAACGGGCGUCACCACCAUAUUCCCUUGUGGAAAGUGGCUCGACAAGAAGAGGGGAGACGGCGAGACCUGGAGGGACCUGUUCCCAUAAUACUAAGCCCCCCCAUAUUUGUAUCACUGAGAGACCAGCGCAGGGCGAUUCAGUUAACCCCUCAAGUGCCUGAUACCGUAUCACUGGAUUUAUACAGAUAUUAUACUUUUUGUAUUCUGUUUUUGUACAAAGAUUGGAUUUAUGGAGAUUCAGGAAUAUGUCAAAUACGGGUAUUCAAUAUCCAAGAGCUCCCUGCCAGGGCUGUUCUUAAUGUUGGGGAUGGCAAAAUAUCCUGUGCUGGGCCCCGUUAUUUAUAAUCCAACCUGCACCCCUACAACUCUAAAUAUUCCUCUCCAGCCUUCCCUGCUAAAGACUCUCCAAACUCCAGCUUUUGUUAAAGGAGAAGGAAAGCUACCGAAGCAGUUUAUUGCCAAUAGAUUAGCCACAAUAGUGCAAGCUAU